AUGCUGAUUAUACAUCUGCUGGUGUUGCUGAGCCUGUUGGAUCCCGUUAGUCCCCGGGGCCGUUGCGACCGUGGCCAGGCUUGCGACCCCCGACAACGGAGGGACGCUGGGGGCCGCGGUGGAGUAUAUGAACACCUCGGAGGAGCGCCGCGAAGAAGGAAACUCUACUGCGCCACUAAAUAUCAUUUACAAAUCCAUUCUCAUGGGAAGAUAGAUGGCUCAUUGGAGGAAAUGAAUCCAUUAAGCAUCAUGGAAAUUACAGCGGUGGAUGUGGGAGUUGUGGCCAUAAAAGGGCUCUUCUCUGGCAGAUAUUUGGCCAUGAAUGAUAAAGGGCGACUGUAUGCAUCGGAAGUAUUUAACAAAGAUUGUGAGUUUGUGGAGCGGAUCCAUGAGUUGGGGUACAACACCUAUGCCUCUCGCCUCCACUCAACCGAACAGCCACUGCCAACAGGGGGCAUUAGCAACAAGCGAAGAGCAAGCGCCAAACGCCAGUGGUAUGUUUCUAUUAACGGCAAAGGCAGGCCGCGGAGGGGCUUUAAAACGCGAAGCACAGACAAAGCCUCACUAUUUCUGCCUCGGGUUCUGGGCAACAAGGAUCAUGAGAUGGUGAGACGGUUAAGAGACAGUCAGAGCGCACACCACCACACGCAUCACCUCAGCAGCCGUGGUGAAUGCCGAAGACGCCGGCAUCGUGCCAGGAAAGGCCGGGGCUGACUGAGCAGACAUUCAGAGGAGGGAGCUGACCCUGUAGUCCUGAUAGUCUUCAGAACCCUGACAUUGUUACACAGUGUAGCUUGAUUUCAAUGGAGGAUGUGGAAAAACAGUCUUGAUGCUGCCUUCUGGAUUAGCAGAAAUAAUUUUCAUUGAUGCACAGAGAAAGAAAUCCAUAGAAGAUGAAGAAAAGACCUGAAGUGUCGCCACCUGAAGUGGGCAUGCACUUCAUGCAUGCACACACAAACACACACACUGUACAAACAGGCACGCACGCACACACACACACACACACACACACAUACACACACACAAACUGUGUAAUCUUCUAUUUACUGAUGUCUGAUUUCUUCAAAAAUGCUACUGUCGUAGUAGUUGCUUCUGUAGACAAGUGCAUUAGUAUAGAUAGAUCACUUCUAGUUUUACAAAAAGUUCAAAUUUAGAACAAGAGAACAAUUUAUUUUCAUUUUUUCACAGAGCUACAGACCUUUGGACAGGGAUUAUUGUAAAUGCAGUAUACAGGGAUUCUGUAGGUUUUCAUUUUACUGAAAUGAUUAACAGAAUAUAAUAUUUUGCUACACUAAAGUGCUAACGAAAAUGAUGGAUAUUGAACAGCGGAUGUAAUAAAUCAAAGCACUUUUUGUCAGAUUUUCAUUAAGACACAAAUGUAAAAUCA